GGUCUGGGCCAGGUGGACCGCAAGGGGCGGAGGUAACUAUGAGAGGCCAGUGGUGACCGCCGCCUUCCCCCACCCCUUCUGCGCAGCGUUCGCGACACGCGUGCCAGGAAUAGGGCGCGAGCAGCGGAGCCAGCUGCGUUCUGAGCGCAGGCACCGCUGCCAGUUGCUCUGCGAAGUGCCGGGGCGUACUCGCCACGCUCAGUCCGAGGACAGCCACUAUGGAGGCGCAGGCACAAGGUUUGUUGGAGACUGAACCAUUGCAAGGAAGAGAUGAAGAUGCAGUAGCCAGUGCUGACUUUCCUAGCAUGCUAUCAGAAGAGGAAAAAGAGGAGCUAAAGGCAGAAUUAGUUCAGCUGGAAGACGAAAUUACAACUUUACGACAAGUUUUAUCAGCAAAAGAAAGGCAUCUGGUUGAGAUAAAACAAAAACUUGGCAUGAACCUAAUGAAUGAAUUAAAGCAGAACUUCAGCAAAAGCUGGCAUGACAUGCAAACUACUACUGCCUACAAGAAAACACAUGAAACCCUGAGUCAUGCAGGGCAGAAGGCAACAGCAGCAUUCAGCAACGUUGGGACAGCCAUCAGCAAGAAGUUUGGAGACAUGAGAUCUCACUCUAUUGGCUACUCCAUUCGCCAUUCCAUAAGUAUGCCUGCUAUGAGGAAUUCUCCUACUUUCAAAUCAUUUGAGGAGAGGGUUGAAACAACUGUCACAAGCCUUAAGACGAAAGUAGGCGGGACCAACCACAGUGGAGGCAGUUUUGAAGAGGUGCUCAGCUCCACGGCGCACGCUAGCGCGCAGAGCCCGGCGGGAGGCCCCCGGCGGGCCGAGGAGGAGGAGCUACAGUGCUAG